AUGUCUUCCAAGCAAAAUUUGGAGAGUGUUGGACACAAGGAAUACAGGGCAGGUUAUUUCCAGGAACACAGAAAAAACAGCAAAGUGGAGUCAAGUACAUGCAGCAGCUUCAUGGGCUUGAAGGAUCACUUGGGGCAUGACCUAGGCCACCUUUACGUGGAAAGCACUGACACACACAUAAGUGCUAUUGUACCUUGGUCGAUGGUGGAGAAACCAACAAUGGAUAAAGUUAACUCAAGGAAGGAAGAUCCAGAAAAGGUGAUCUCUGAAUCUACUGGAAGCUCUAGUUGUGACUCAGAAGAAAGCACAAAUUCUGAUAAUGAUUCAGAACACGUGGGUGGCGUUGCAGUAGAGCCAUGCUUAUUAACCAAGACUCAUAGACAACUACAUAGGUCCCCCUGUUUAGAGUCUCACAUAUUCAAAUGCAAUGAAAUCUUGCAAGACCUAAAGAUGGAGGAGACACAGACAACACCUAAGGAAGUGAAGAAGCCCCCUGAUGUGGUGAAAGAAUACCAGGCCAAACUGGAGUUUGCACUUAAGUUAGGUUAUUCUGAAGAACAAGUUCAGCUUGUUCUAAAUAAACUUGGUACUGAUGCUUUAAUCAAUGAUAUCUUAGGAGAACUUGUCAAACUUGGAAAUAAAAGUGAAACUGAUUCAACUGUUAAUACAAUUAACAGUAGCAUAAUUAGAGAAACAUCUUCCCUAGAAUCUCAGAGGUCUGACUCCCCACUUCAGGAGAUUGUGACAGACGAUGGUGAGAAUCUGAGACCAAUAGUUAUUGAUGGCAGCAAUGUGGCAAUGAGCCAUGGGAACAAAGAAGUAUUUUCCUGUCGUGGAAUAAAAUUGGCAGUUGAUUGGUUUUUGGAAAGAGGCCACAAAGAUAUUACAGUGUUUGUUCCUGCUUGGAGAAAAGAGCAGUCAAGACCUGAUGCUCUCAUCACAGAUCAAGAAAUAUUGCGUAAGUUGGAAAAGGAAAAAAUUCUGGUGUUCACUCCAUCCCGACGUGUUCAGGGAAGAAGAGUAGUAUGUUAUGAUGACAGAUUCAUUGUAAAAUUGGCUUUUGAGUCUGAUGGUAUCAUUGUGUCCAAUGAUAACUACAGGGAUCUGGCUAAUGAAAAGCCAGAAUGGAAGAAGUUUAUAGAUGAACGAUUGUUGAUGUAUUCCUUUGUGAAUGACAAGUUUAUGCCUCCUGAUGAUCCUCUUGGCAGGCAUGGUCCAAGCUUGGACAACUUUCUAAGGAAAAAGCCUAUUGUUCCAGAACAUAAGAAACAGCCAUGUCCCUAUGGAAAGAAAUGUACCUAUGGACACAAGUGCAAAUACUAUCAUCCUGAGAGGGGAAGUCAGCCACAGAGAUCAGUAGCUGAUGAACUUCGUGCUAUGUCUAGAAAUACAGCAGCCAAAACUGCAAAUGAAGGAGGUUUAGUGAAAAGCAACAGUGUUCCUUGUAGCACUAAAACUGACAGUACUUCUGAUGUCAAACGUGCUGCUCCAAAGAGGCAAUCAGAUCCUAGCAUAAGAACUCAAGUCUAUCAAGACUUAGAGGAAAAGCUUCCCACCAAAAACAAAUUGGAAACCAGGUCUGUUCCCUCCUUAGUUAGUAUACCAUCUUCCUCUGCUGCAAAACCCCAAAGUACCACACCUUUAAGCAAUGGCCUUCCGUCUGGAGUUCAUUUCCCACCUCAGGAUCAAAGACCCCAGGGUCAGUAUCCUCCAAUGAUGAUGGCAACCAAAAAUCAUGGAACGCCAAUGCCUUAUGAACAGUAUCCAAAAUGUGAUUCACCUGUUGACAUUGGGUAUUACUCCAUGUUGAAUGCAUAUUCAAAUCUCAGUGUCUCUGGCCCCAGGAGUCCUGAAAGGCGUUUCUCAUUAGACACGGAUUACAGAAUUAGUUCUGUAGCCUCUGACUGCAGUAGUGAAGGGAGCAUGAGUUGUGGGAGCAGUGACUCCUAUGUGGGAUACAAUGACAGGUCAUAUGUUAGUUCUCCUGACCCACAGCUAGAGGAAAAUUUAAAGUGUCAACAUAUGCACCCACACAGCCGCCUUAAUUCCCAGCCCUUCCUACAAAGUUUCCAUGAUCCCUUAACCAGAGUGCAAAGUUACAGUCACGAAGAACCAAAGCAUCAUCAUAAGCCUCCAGUUCCAUACAUGGCUGUGCAUUUGCAGCAUCCAGCUGUGGGAGCUCGGUCCAGUUGCCCUGGCGAUUAUCCUUCUCCUCAGAAUUCGGCACACUCUAAGACCCUACAUCUAGGGAGAUCUUUAGUGUCCACCAGGAUAGACAGCAUUUCAGAUUCUAGGCUCUAUGACAAUUCUCCUUCUAGACAAAGAAAACCUUAUUCCCGCCAGGAGGGUCUUGGAAGCUGGGAGAGACAGAAUUAUGGCCUUGAUGCGUAUGGCUAUCGUCAGACUUACUCACUGCCUGAUAACGCCACCCAGCCAUGCUAUGAGCCAUUCACUUUCCAGAGCUUACCCGAGCAGCAGGACCCAGCGUGGCGGGUCCCCUUCUGCGGCCUGCCACAAGAUGCUUCAAGGUACCAGGACAGCCGAGAAAAGGUGUACAUCAACCUCUGCAACAUUUUCCCAUCUGACCUUGUGAGAGUUGUCAUGAAAAGAAACCCCCACAUGACCGAUGCUCAGCAACUUGCUGCAGCUAUUUUAGUGGAGAAAUCGCAGCUGGGUUAUUGAGCAACGACGCAUCUUUGUGGUGUUGGGUCUUUUUUUCAGCUCAGAUGCUGAGGGAGGUUUGCUACAGUAGCAUUUGUGAUCUCCUUCUCAGCAAGGAGGUUCUCUAGUAAUCCCUUUAUGUGAAAUCCUGUAUCAUGGUAUCUGUAUGUAUAGCCCCAUGCGUUGGAAGUAUCACGGGAUUCUUUUACCUUCAAACUUGACUUUUUUUUUUUAAUGUUUCCUUUUUUUAAAACUAUAAUCACAACUGGAAAUUUUUCCAGGUUGGUUUGAUAGAUGUAUCUGUGAUCUUUGAUAAUAAUUUUUGGUGCAUCAGGGGUUUAUAUGCAGCACUUUUUAAUCCUUGUUUGGUGUUUUAUUACCUAGGUAUUUGGCUAUCAUUUGCAAGAAAUUACAAUACCUUCAGAAAGUUGAGAGCAUUUGAUUAGAUUAGCAAAUUUUUGUCAAGCCAAGCUUAAUUUGAGUCUUCUACAGCUUUUUAAAAUUAUUUUUAUUUGGGGGGUGGGGAUGGGGAGUGGGCAUUUUUGUGCUAGAAUCAUUAUUUAUAGAAAACAAAGAUAUAAUACAGCACUGACUUUAUCUUUUUAAACAAAUGUAAGUUACCAGUUUUUAUUGAAAUGGGUAACAGUAUAUUAGAGUGAUUUACAAAUAUGGCACUUUUAUUGUUUUGUUUUUGUUUUUUAUUAGUUAAAUAGUUGAUUUAAUAUGAUCGAUUUAAAGGACAGCAGAUGCAAUCAAUGGAAAAUAAAUUAGUUUCCAUUCCUUAUGGAUGAGGCCAAAAGCCUGAAAAUUUUUGGUUUAGAUCUGUGUAAUUAUCCAGCUCUUUUGUGCUUCUAGACAAUAGAAAUGGAAUUGAAAUACUAGAUUUCCAUUAAGCUGUUUUAUGUGUGUCUGUUUCUUUGUACUGACACACAGGAAUACUGGAUAAAAUACCCUUUUACACUAUUUACCUAUUUUUAAGUGAAUCUAAUUCUCAGUGCAACUUUUAUAUUUAAUAUACUGUUCAGUUUUCUUGCUAUUUAUCAAGGCUGGCCUGAGAUGGUUUUAUGCAUUGAGGAUAUGCAACAUUUAUUGAUACUGCACUAUAGGGAUGGUGGUGGAGGAAAUGUAAAUGGUAACUUAAGUUUUGUUUGUUUUUUGUAAGAUACUGUAUAUUUUCUUGAAGGUAGUUUUUUGGCCUGUUGUAUAACUAGGGCCUAAUUCUUGCCACAAUAGAAUAGUUUUAGAAACAGGCUAAAGUCUGUUCUAGUUAUUAGUAAGGGAUAUUUCUGGUUUCAAAGUCAUGGGUUUUGCUACUCCAUUUUAAUGGGUUAAAAAAUAGAUUUUGUAUUUGGCAGUAGACAGGUGAUUGACAUGACUUGGACAAUUGCCUAGAGUUGUAGAAUUCUUCCUAAUGUAAUGAGAUUAUUCAAGUUAGUAGACUUGGAGACAGUGCCAUAGUUUGUGAUUCACUAUUGAUUAUUCUUGCUGCAGUGUGGAGUAAAACCCUGAAAAACCAGAAAGUACCUUUUACUGUUGAUACAAAUUGUAUCUUUUUAACUAUAAGAACCAUUUUUAUUUGUAGAUGUAGUUAAAACACAAAUGCGUAACUAUGAUUAGACUUUUGGGCAACAUUUUAUCCCUUAUUUAAUUUUUUUUUUAAAGAAAAGUAGAAUUGAGAUCUAGAAUAGGGUAGAAAAAUAAAAGUAACAAUUUGUUUAGGUAAUUUAAAAUGUAUGUCUCAAUUUUAUAUAAUAUAUAAGAAUCUAUUAAAAUCACUCUUAUUGGCAUUUUUCUUUCUUCUAAAACUUAUCUAGUGUGAACGUAAUGAAAAAUAAAGGUAAAAUGCUGCCUGAAAAUAAUGCCCAAGCCCCUUUGACUAGGAUGACAUUUUCCCUACUUAUGUGACACUGUGUGUUGCAUAGAGUAGGAUUUGGGUAUACUGUAAAUGCUUCUCCAAGGCAUUGUGCUUAUUGACAUAGCCAAUAAUCUGAACCGUGUUCAGCAAACCUAAUUCAGGAACGUGUUCUUCUAUACAGCUUUUACUGUUGUUUUUGAAGGUGGGAUCUGCAUUCAUCUGUAUUCAAUAAUAACAUAGGUGAUGCUACAUGAACUCUCCUGAGUGGUGUCUGGGAGACACCUUCUGCACUCAUGGAAAUAUUUAUCCUUGAAUUUGUCAGUCACUAUCUGUAGAACAUGUUUUAAUGUAGAGGCUGAUUCAGUGCCAGUGAUAGGGUUAUGUAUGUAAAUGGCUUUUAUCUUAAUUGUAUGUUUGUUUUUUUUAAACGAAACCACACUUUUUAAGUAUUACACUUUAGUGUAGGCAUGGCUUUAAUGUAGCAGUGAUUUUAUUUUAUUUUUCUGUUUUCAUUAUUCUUUAAUUAUUAGUCUGUCAGCCAAACUUUCCCAGAUUAUUUUGAAUAUCUUAUGAAGUGAAAGAUAUAGAUAUAUAUCAAUCACAUUUUCAUUAUGGUUUCCUGAUAUUUUAACAGAUUGGUUGCAUAUUAAUAGCUAAUUUAGUUUGGCUGAAACUAUAAGAAAGCAAUAGUAUAGCCUACAACAAUGUCCUGAAAGGAACAGAUCUGGACUACCCAUGCUGAAUUCUUCAAUAAUAAUUAAUUGUGAAUAAGUUGCAGUAUUCUCCUAUCAAAUGGAGCAUUCCUUUUGUAUUGAAGCAUCAGAGUUACUUUGCAGGGUGUAAAAAAAAAAGGGUUAUUUGACAAUAUUUAAUUAUUGUCAGUUCUUAAUUAUCUAAAAUGGAGGGGGGUAGGUAAUUCACAAAUAAAUAAAAUUCACACCUAACUUAGAUUCCCCUCAUCAGAUUUUCAAGUGAUCUAAUUAAUUUAUAAGUGAGAUAUUUCAUGUUUUCUCACUUUCCCUGUCAUAACCCUCUAUUGGGUAUCCCAGAAGUCUUUGUGCCGUUUCAAGCUUUAAUAACUAGGAAUUCUGGAACACCCUGCAGUGAGGUGCUAACAUGAGUAGUGAAAUAGCCCAGAGUGUUCACCAUGUGGGAAAAGGAGAAGUCUACACUGGUCAGUCAUCCCCUGAAUAAUUGAGAAUUGACUGUAAUGUGCAAUGAUGUGCUAGUUCAUAGUUUUUAUUUUAGUAUGUAGGAAGUGUCCAGACCAUAUAGAUUGGCCCUGAGCAUUUCCUCAUUUUUAGUGUAUGCUGUGUGCAGUAUCAUUUUUAUGAUCUUGAAAUCCUGAUGGAGUUCAUUGUAGAUCUCAAACAUUUGAAGAAGAGACGCACCUGUACAAAAUGUUCAGUACUUGUAGAAUCUUGAGCUGUGUGUUUUUAUGUAAAUUCAUUAAUGAAAAAUUAUAAUAUAACUAAAAGAAGUGUGAGUAUAGAUAAUAUAUAUGUGCAUAUAUAUAUAUAUAAUAAAGAGAGAGAUAUAUUCUAAAAUUAAAGGAGAGAAAAAUUUACUAUUGAUUGCCAAAAUUUGCUCUCAUUGAGCUAUGUGGCUUUAAGUAACCAAGUUUGAUGAGAUUUAUGGCCACUGUUGAAAGAAAAACACUUCUGAUUUUGUUCCCAGUAUUUUUAGAGAAUUAUUUUGAUAAUUUUAGCAAAAACUGUAAUUUUAAAACAAAGAAUGCUUAAAAUUUUAUCAGUUAUAAAAUAACUAUUUAACAUGGUUUGUGAGUAUGUAUCUAUAUGUACAUAUACAGUAAUAUAUAAAUAUAUAUAUAUAUAGCUCCAAACUAACAAACACACCUCAGAGUUUUAUGAUUCUUACUGGUUGUUUUUGUUUUGUUUUGUUUUGUUUUUUUUUAAGACCUCUGACAGUUUUCCUGAAUGGAGGAAAACAUUACAAGGCUAUUUUGUGAAGUUUUUUCUAACACACAUUUGACUUUCAUCAUUUUAUAUGCUUAAUCUUAAUUUCAUAACUUCUGAUCAAUUUCCCUGUCCAAGAUAAAGAUGUUAAAUACAAGUAAAUUUGUAUUUUUCUAGUCAUUUCAUUCUGUUGCCUUGAGGUCUGAUCCUAUGGAAAUUUCUGAAUGAAAUGAGCCACAAUAGAGUAUUCAUAUUCCAGACAAAGCCAAAAUGUCAUUUUAAAUGAAUUGUUCAAGGUAAGUGCCAAUAAAUAAAUUGAAAGAAACAAUACAUAGAAGGAAGGAAGAUAUUGGUGAAAAUAGAAAACUUUACACCAAGGCUUUUAGAUUGGCACCUGUCUCCAAUAAGGAAAAAGAAAUAAUAAGUAAAUUGGGCAUAUAGGACUCUGGAUAUGCUAUUAAUAAGAAAGAAUUAUAUUUCCAGUGCCACUAAAAAGUACCCAGACCUGUUGUAAUUUAUGACUUUAGUUUCAACAAGAAGAUUUUAAUGCAGUUGAAAUCAUCUCAAUUGAUUUACUUUCCUCAGCUGGUCAUACUGAGUUAUCCAAUAUAUUUCAAGUUUGUUUUAGUGUAUUUGUUUUUAACUAGCAGAAGUUUCAUCACUAAAAGUGCUCUGUGUAGAGAUUUCCUAAAAAAUACUAAAAAUAUUUUGGAUAUUUAAGACAUCUUUAUAAGCAUGCUAGCUUUAAUAAUGAUGAAUAGGAGUAGUUUUUCUUUCUCCUUUGAUUUUUAAUAGGCCAUAUGGAUCCAACAUCCAGCUUUUUUUUUUAUCUGUUCAGUUUGUUUUAUUAUUAUAGGAACUAUGUUAAUAAAUCACACUCAUGUCCUGUUUUGUGCUUUGCAUAAACAGCAGAUCUUUAUAAAACAUUUUUGAGGAAAACAAUUCCAUUGUUGAAAUUGCACAUACUCUAGAUCUUUAAGAUGUGAAAAUUGUGACUAGUGUAACUGUAGCUAUAUUAUGAGGUUACAUGUGUAUUUUUUUCUAAGAAACAAAAGUAUAACUAGACUUGUCCCUGUCUAGAUCUUUAAUAUAGACUGUGCUUGUGGUCCUUGGUGAGUGGUGCUCCAAUAUGGUCAUGAGUCAUUUUGAGUGCAUUAGCACUAAACACAUAUUAGAAAAUGUUCUCAUUCACAGUGCUUUAUAAAUUGUACUAUGCUGUAUGACAUUAUUUUCAUACAAAUAUUAAAGUUGCCUAUCUAUUUAAGUAAUAGUUACAAGUGUGUACUGAUAUAGAACUUUAGCUUUUAAACAGUGCUAUUGAUUAUUUAUAUAAUGACAUUUAAUUAUUUUUCCUCUAAUAUUGUCUGUUAUCCUCAAUGUUUGCUACUUGUUAAAAACUAAUGUUCUUGCUUGUUUAAAGUGUAAAAGACUUUUUUUCUCCCUAAGCUCUUCAUUGUUUGGGAUUAGAGAAUCUAUAUAUUUUAGUUUAAGUAAACACAAUUUUUAAAGUUUUUACUUCUUUCAGACAGUGUACUAAAUUUUCCCAUAAUCUGUCCGGGUAUUUCAAAUGAAUAACCAAAUGUUGUUCAGUAAAACCUGUGCCACUUUUCAUAAAGCAGAAUGUAUUUCUUGGGAGAAAGUGGUCUUUGUUUUUACAGUGUCUGUGUUGGAUUUAACCCAACUUUGUUAAAUGUGCAAAUAUAUGUCAACCACCAAAUGUAAAACAUUGUGAACAAACACCUACAGAAGGUAUAAAAUGAAACCUGUUUUGAGUUUGUUGAUUUCAUUUUAUUCCUUCUUCCCCCCUACCCCAGAUAUAAUUGUGUGUUUAAGAUAGAAUUGGUUUUUCUCAUUCAGAUUUCUUUUGAUGGUAAAAUGAGUCAAAGGUAUUGAGAUGAACUGCCUGAUAAGCUGGUGUUGUUAAUUAUAUUGUUUUAUUUAAGAUGUUCUAUACUCUUUCUGUGAUGGGAUAUCUCCAAAAAGCAGUAUUUAGAUUUAAUGAAAAUCUUUACCAAACAUGUAUGUGAUUCUGGCAUUGACCAAAAAAAAAAAAAAAUUAAAAAGGAAAAAACACAUA